AUGGGCCAAGUAGAUGUUCUUGUACCUCGAGUUCAAAAUGGCUUCAAUCGUCUCUCUACCGUGGAGCAACUGGAAAGCAUCUCUUCAGUGACUGGUGGCGCAUUUGAUUUCAAAGGGGCCACGACUUCACUUACUGACAAGCCCAUGCCUUUCCCUAAAAUGGUGACUCUGGUGAGGCAUGGCCUUAGCUCUUGGAAUGAAGAAAGCAGGGUUCAGGUUUGCAUCUUCCUAACAUCUUCAGUUCAUUCCCUCAGAUUACAAUACAUUUCAGACUAUUAUUCAUAGAUAUUUUCACUGCCCUGUGGUGGGAAGAUGGCAUGUAAUAUUAUGCAAUUGUCAGCUUAGUUUGCAGGUCUGAUCAUUUUCCAUGCGCAGGGAAGCUCAAACCUGUCCGUCUUGACAGAAAUAGGUGUGGAACAAGCUGAAAGGUGUCGGAAUGCCCUGUCUAAUGUAUCCUUUGAUCAAUGCUUUGCGAGCCCAAUAUCACGUGCAAAGGUCCCAACCUUCUUGUCAAUAAAUUUGCUACCGUUAGAUCCAUAUUCUCUUUUCAGUCAUUCGUUUUUUGUAUGGAUCAACAUACCAAUCAUCUUGUCUGAAUCGGUGUCUGAUACAGUCAACUGCAGAAGUCAUGUGGCAUGGGAGGGAGAAGCCGCUGACCUUCCUCGAUUCGCUGAAAGAGGCGCACUUGUUCUUCUUGGAAGGCAUGACAAACGGUUUGUUUGCUACUCCUUUCGAACUUUCUCUCGUUUCUUCGUUUGGUUUGGGAUCACAUCCAUUGCUCAGCAUAACUAUUACCCAAAAAUUGGCAGCGGAUGCGAAGAAGGAAUACCCACAUUUGUAUAAUACUUGGAGAGAAGAUCCGUCUAAUUUCCAUGUCGAUGGGAUCUAUCCAAUCCGACGGCUAUGGGGAACAGCAAGGGAGGCUUGGAGGGAGAUUUUGGCCGCACCAGUGAGUUUGAUUAUUCUGCCAAUCGUACAAUUCUUUCCCCAAUGUACUCAAUGAAACAUCUUGCUCUUUCUCUUACAGGGAGAAAGCUUCUUGGUUGUUACCCACAAGUCAAUCCUGCGAGCUCUUAUUUGUACAGCCCUUGGUCUCGGCCCUGAGAGGUAAAUAUCUUGAUUACUAUGGUCCAUAAGUUACACAAAUGACCGUGGAGAAACUUCUUAUGGUUUAGAAAAAGUUUGAUAAGAAAGGGUACGUUUCCCCUCGAUUGACCAUCGAAAUUGUAGUCACAAACCAUGCAUGAUCAAAAGAGAUCUCCUAAAACUGCUGGUUUCUUCUUUCUCCGAUACAGAAAGUACUGAUGGGCAACAUCAGAGUUAUUCGUCCUGUUUUUGUUAAUGAAAUCCAGCCCAAGAACUUCACUCUCAUAUUCAUCUUAACUUCCUAAUUACGAAUCUCUAUUUUUCUAAUCAAGGUCCCUUUUUUAACAUCCCAUUUGAACUUUCAUCUGAAAUGGCAAUUCUGGAGAAGUUGAAACGCUCACUUUCAUCCCAAAAAAACCGAUAGUUCAUGGCUCUGAUGCUGCAGAUUCCGAGCAAUUGACGUGAACAAUGGUGGUAUCUCCGUCUUCAAUUUCAACAGGCGAGGGGAAGCUAUGCUCCAGUCCUUGAACAUGACAACUCACAUGUACAGCGAGCACGUGUACGAAUUGCAGUAG